CUUUUCAACAACUCGCUUAGUUCGUCUGCUACGUCAAUCAGCUGCAUCUUCGACAGCAGCCUACUGUUGUGUUGAGCAUUCAAAAGCACAGACGUGGCAAAUUGAAAUGGAGGAAUUCAGCUCGCUUCCGCCGUUUUCCUCGCCAUCAAAUGAAGAUUACCUUGUUGACGUCAGUGGCAAAAUGGACAGUAUUCCCUCCAUCUCCAAACCUGUAAACGGAGAAGGAACGCCAGAAUUCAAUACUUUGGACGAACCUAUACGAUUGACUAUUGUACGGGACCUCAAGGCUGUUGGAAAUAAAUUUCUGCAUGUUCUCUAUCCACGUCAUCAAGCAUCUCUUUUAACAGAAUGGGAUUUGUGGGGACCUCUGAUCUUGUGCACAUUCAUGGCAUUGUUAUUACAGGGAAGAAGUGACACAACAGAUCAUGAUGGAGGACCAGAAUUUGCAGAAGUGUUUGUUAUUGUUUGGGUUGGAGCUGUGGCUGUCACAAUCAACACCAAAUUACUAGGAGGGAAUAUAUCAUUUUUUCAAAGUGUGUGUGUUCUGGGGUAUUGCCUGCUGCCCCUAUCGAUUGCAUUGGCUCUCUGUCGGAUUGUUUUACUUCUACAGCAGAAUACUAUAUUCUUCCUUCUACGUUGCGGUUUUUCUUUAACAGCCUUUUUCUGGGCGGUCUGGGCGGCCAUGAAAUUUUUAGGCGAUUCUUCUCCACCCCGCCGGAAAGUGCUGGCUGCUUAUCCGAUUGGAUUGUUCUACUUUGUCAUCGCUUGGCUUGUCGUAUCUCUUUCAAAUUCCUAAGUAUUUAUCACAUACCUACAUUUGCGCAAAUGGCUUCAAACAAAUUAACAUUACGAGCCAUUAAAUAAAUGGCUUGUAGCUA